ACCGAAGCUGAUUUUCGCACCGGUUUUUGGAUUUGCUUGUUAAUUUAACUUUAAAUUUAAGACUAAUCAUCUACUGAAAUAUAUGUAACAAGUGCCCUCCUAGUAGCUGUUAAAGAACCUGUGUGCAUAUUAAAAUGUCGGACACCCAGCACGAGGAUCAAGCGUGGAGUGAUUUGGCCAACAUUCCAGCUGAUCCCCCUAAAAUGCGAGACCUCUGUGAGAAAUGCGAGCGUCCAGUUCCGGUGUGUUGGUGUUCGGCACUUCCGGCGGAACCACUGGUUCCCAAAAGCCGAAUCAUAUUGCUGCAGCAUCCAGCUGAGGAGAAACGAUCGCUCCGGACUGCGCCAAUGCUUUCGGUUGGUCUCGCUCCGGGAAAAUGUUUGAUUUAUAAAGGCAAAAAAUUCCCCAAAUUCGACUCGGAACUGGAAUCAAUCUUGGCGGACAAAAAAUCGCUGCUCAUGUACCCUAGUGCCAGCUCAAUCCCGAUUGAACAGGUCGACCUCAGGGAUGGCCCCUUCAACCUGAUCCUCAUCGACGGGACCUGGCCGCAAGCAAAGGCCAUUUAUGCUAGCUCUCCGGUUCUACAUUCGAUGCGUCAGGUCAAGCUGGUCAGCUGCGGCAACAGUAACUACAUCAUCCGAACUCAACCGACGGAUGGGUGUCUGAGCACUCUGGAAACGGCUAUCGAGGCGUUAAGUGUUCUUGAGGGGGACGACAGCUUCCGGAAUCAGCUGUUGAGGCCACUCCACGCGCUGUGCCAAUUUCAGCUUGAUAAGGGAGCUGUUACGCAUCAAUCGAAGGAAUUCCUCAUUAAGCACAAUCAAUAUCCGAAACUGAUCGGGAAAAGGUUGAACAAACUGUUGAGGAAUGCCGAUAAUUUGAAGGAUCCUACCAAGGAGGCUGGUAACGAGAUGGAGCAGCUUACGUGAUCUUGGCUUUCCUGGAAAGAAAGAGAACGACGACUGGAAUACCUCCUAAGUGGAUUAAUUAUAAUCAGCUUCUGAUUAGCUGUGUGCCAGAAGUUUCAGUUUGACCAAGAAGUUUCUCUAAAAAUAAUGAGAUAACAAUUUUUAUUUUUAUCAAUUUUCUUUAUUUUUAGUAAUUAUCUCUUCAUAUAUAUGAGUUAUAGUCAUAUAACAUAAAAUAUAGAGAGAAUAGUGUCCUUUUUGUUGUUUUCUUCCAUAAUAUGAUAUAUACAUUUACACUACGCGCAUUUUUUUUUCUUGUUGAUCUUACUAUUUGUGUAUGAGAAACUGCUGUAAAUAAAACCCUUAAAGGCUCUCAGAAUACGUGAUUUUUUUUCUUGAUUUUUCAUUUCUUUUUGCGAGAAUUAAAGUAUAGAGAACAAAAUCCGCAACAUAACGAGGCUGGUGCAUUUUGGGUAGUUUUUUUCUCUCUCUUGGCAUUGAAACUUUUCCGAUAGCAAAUUUUGUUCUACAUCUCCAAUUAGCAAAUAACAGUGCGAGUUUUAUACUUUUUUGUUUUGGUUUUCAUAUUUUCGCAGACCAUCAAUAUUUGAUUUUUUUUUUUCAGAACGGCACAAAAAGAACAAUAUCAGUUAACAAGUGCAACAGGAUUACUUUUUCUCUUGGUUUAGCUCAGCUCAGGUUAUAAGGGUGACUUUUAAGUUGCCAGAAUGUGUGUGAGUGUAUGCGUGUUUGUUUUGGUUGUUUUUACUGUGUUAGAUUUUCACCGCGUGAGCGCUAACAAACUCUAUUCUUAAGUACAUAUUUGGUUUUGUUUAUGCUUUCUUACACUUUAACGCUUUUGUUUAUAUGGGGCUGAUGGUUACUCACUACAUGAUGAAUGUUUUCUCUAGUUUUUUUUUAAAUCCAGCAUUUGGCUAUGGUUAAAUGAAUGCGUGACUGUCUAUUGAUUUUGAAGAAUGGGAUUUUUGGGUGCUUAAAAAGUUUUUCUCUUUUUUUUUCUACUGUGUUAAUCUUUCUCUUUUUAGGGAAAAUACAUUCAGAGGUGUUCGUUUUUUUCCUUUACGAGUUUCUAGGAUACUGGUUACAUUUCAUUUUUUAAGCAGUUGCUUUUCUACGUUUACUUUCUAUCAAUUUACAUCAGUUUGUCACUCGUCGUUCUAAUUGUAAGCAAUUUUUUUUUAUUAAUUUUUGUAUCUUUUUUCAUGUCAAAAUCCAUCAUAUGGACUGAAUAUAUAAAUCAAAAUUUCAACUUUUAUGCAAUAUUUAUUCGAUCCAAUAAUAUUUCUUCCUUGCCAAUGCUUAUCCCUUACAUAAAAAGCGUUUCCAAAAAAAAAGUUUUAACUACAGUUACGUCUUUUCAAAUUGAUGUCAUCGACACUUAUGGGUUUUCUUUUCCAUUUGGACAAUGGACGUUUACUAUUGUUUCUGUUUCCCCUAUCUUCGGUUUUCAUUUUUAUCUUCUCAUUGGGAUUGGUAUUUUCGUUUCAACUUUUUGAUACUUUCGCUUGGAAAGUUGCAAAGAAAGAAUUAUGAAAAUGACUAAUAAUUUCAGAUAAAAUUCGAUGGGCCACAACCUAACUUUGG